UGUCGUGUUAAAUUAGACUUUAAUAGUUUAGACUUAAGGCUGAAAAUUGUUUGUAUCAUAUCUAAUGCAACUCGUUGCUAUGUGCCGCCAGGCAGUCCGCUGCUGGCCGCGAGCCUAUGCACAUACGCUCUCGUGACAUUUUUUGUAAUUGUGUGUUUUACAUAAUAUAUCUUCGUGUUAGAACCUCGGCCUUUUCUUCAUACGAACCCCAUACAGUCAACAAAGUGGUCUUCGAACCGGAUCCAUGCACCGCACUCCGACUACGAUUGAAACGCGGCGGUCAAAAGCGCGUCGUGCAGAACAAUUAAAGAGGCUUCUAGAAGAAGAACAAAGAAUGUCUGAAAAGGGCGAGACGUGUGAAGCACCUUAUGGUCAAAGUUCUACAGCCAGGUUGGAAGAAAUUAAGCCACUUUCAAGUAUUCCGAAUGAUUUGGUUAUCAUAAAACCAACGGAGGGUAGCGUGAAGUCUGAACCAACCGCGGUAGAAUUAAUAAAGAAAAAAAUAAUUCAUACUUCUGCUUCGUAUGUUAAUGCCAGCAAAGCUAGCAGCAAGGGCUCAAGAACUUCAUCGGCUUCUAGAACAGCAAAGAAGAAGCAACUUUUGUUAGAAGCCGCAAAACAAAAAGCUGUCAUACAGAUGGAGAUCAUCGAUAAGACUCUGGAUGCUCAAUUAGCAGAGCUGGACGACGAGGAACAAGUGUACGGUUCACAAGUAAGUCGAAGGAGCUAUUCUCGAAGUCGCGUUGAAAAUUGGGUGGAAAAUCAGAGCAACUUGGAAUCGCAAGACGAUUUGCAGCCAGCCCCCGAUAAUGGCAUAAUUAACAUGGGCGAGUUGCAUCAGCAAGUGUCACAUGUACCGCCCGAGCCCGGUCCAGCGCCACGCGCCGCCACGCCCGCGCCAGCCCAGGCGCCCGUGCCGGCCGCUCCGCUGCCGCCGCCCGACGGCACCGUCAUGGCACUCAACAAUGCGAUACAAGUUAUGGCCGAUGCUGUGAAGAAUAUCUCCACUGCCAGCGCACCGAAUACCAGCCUACUCAGUCGACUCAGCACGCCAAAAGAUCUCCCCGAGUUCUCUGGCGAUUAUUUAGAAUGGUUGCAGUUUAAACAAGCAUAUAACGAGUCUACUGAGUUAUGUAAAUUCACCGAUAAGGAGAACCUUUGGAGGCUUAGAAAAUGUUUGCGCGGAGCCGCUAAGGAUGCAGUCAACGCUUUGUUCAUAAGUGCCACGUCACCUGAGAAAGUCAUGUCGGCGUUGGAACUACGAUAUGGUAACUCCGAGUGCAUCAUUUCCCGCAUAUUGUACGACAUUAAAAAGCUUCAACCAUUGCACCAAGAUUACCACAAAGAUAUUAUAACGUUCUCGUUAAAAGUUCAGAACUACGUGGAAGCAGUACGAGCGGUCGGUCAAGAGGAGCACCUACAGGGGGUAAACAUAGUUUCCAUAAUUUUAUCUAAGCUGCCGACCGUACUAAUAUCGAAGUGGUCAGAUUAUAGCUUCAAUUUAAUCAAAGAUGGUAAAAAACCUAGAUUGGUCAUCAUGUCUGACUUUCUUAACGAGGAGGCAGUCAAGAUUUCAACCACUGCAAGUACCUAUAUGGCCACUAAAAGUGAGAGUUACAAACAUAAAACCUCAGACACUAACAACGCACGUAACCAUACAAUAUUAGUGCACGGCGAAGGAAGCGAUAAAAAAUGCCUAUUUUGCCGAACAUCUGUUCACAAGAUAACCGAUUGUAAACAGUUUAAACGAGCGCUGCGCAAAGUCAGGUGGCAAUUCGUUAGAAAAAACGGCUUAUGUUAUAAAUGCCUAUUAUCGAAACACGAACGAGAAUCGUGCCGUGCGCCUGCUUGCGAUAAGGACGAUUGUGGCGAAGCACAUCAUCGACUCCUGCACUACACGGUAAAUAAGAUCGAGGUACCGCUUGCGUCAUCAUCAUCAUCGGGCCCUUCGAGUUCUACAACAUGUCCUACUACGAGUGCGUCAACGCAGCAAGACCUCGAAUCCAAAUCUGUUCCUGAGACUUUGACGCAUAUUAACGUAAGUGAUAAAACGGUGUUGCUGAAAGUAGUACGUAUCAAUGUUCACGGACCUACCGGUGUAUUUUCAACUACGGCCUUAUUGGACGAUGGUUCUUCGAUUAGUUUAAUAAGUUCGAAAUUAGCGCGGCGCGCGGGAUUAAGUGGACGUACUAGCACGUUUUGCACACAAGGUGCAUUUCUCGGCAGCGAAUUAGUGCGCGAUUCUACCAUUGUGAAUGUGAACAUUACGGGUAUAGACAAUAAGGUGCAUAAUUUAAGAGUGCGUAGUGUCGACGAUUUGAGUGUACCGUUGCAAAGUUUAUCAGUUUUAAAAUGUACUAACUUUACUCAUUUAAAAGAUAUUAGAGAUAAAUUAUGUACUUCCGAUUCAAAACCUGAGAUGUUAAUAGGUCAAGAUAAUUAUCAUUUAAUGUUGCCUUUACAAAUUAGAGAAGGUAAAAAUAACGAGGGGUAUGCUAGCCUCACUCCCCUGGGUUGGUGUGCUCAUGGGAAGAUGUACGUGCCGCAGGGCGUCCGCCCGCCCACGCAGGUCGAGUCUAACCUUUUUAUUUCAGAUAUGGAGGACACGACGGAUACCUCAGAGGGUCUCGAUCUGUUAAGGCAGAUCCAUGAGGAGGUCCGCCUGUCAUUCAAAGUGGACACGAUGGGCGUGACAUGCGCGCCGCGGCAGAACGCGCAGGACGCGCGCGCCGUGGCGCAGCUGCAGCAGUCAGCGGAGCUGCGCGCCGGCCGCUGGCAUGUCGGCCUGCCGUGGAAGGAGGACCACCCAUCCAUGCCUGACUCGUAUCCUAGCGCUCUUAAAAGGAUGAAAGGUAUCGAAAAUAAAAUGACAAAAGACUCUGGUUUUGCUGAAAGGUAUCGGGAGCGUGUGACGCAUUUACUUCAAAAUGAUUACGCAUCUCAGCUGUCAGAUACUCAGGUGAGGCCCAAAACAUGGUAUCUCGCUCAUUUCGGAGUAGAUAACGUCAACAAAAAGCGUCUGCGUUUGGUCUUCGACUCAGCAAAUAAGGUAAAUGGCUUAUGUUUAAACGAUUUCUUAUUAACAGGUCCCGAUUUGCUGUCGUCACUAUUUGGUAUUAUGUUACGCUUUAGGGAAAACAAGAUUGGAGUAACUGGCGACAUCAAGGAUAUGUUUUUAAGGAUCAAGAUUCGAGUCGAAGAUCAACACGCUUUAAGGUUCCUAUGGAGGGACAACCCUACUGACGUACUAAAAACGUAUGUUAUGACAUCACUUCCGUUUGGGGCUAAUUGCAGUCCUUUUGUUAGUCAGUUUAUCAAAAACUUGAACGCGCGACGGUUCGAGUCAACUAUGCCGGACGCUGUCGAUGCGAUAUGUAACUCGCAUUACGUAGAUGACUACAUAGACAGUUUUGCAGACGAAACCGCGGCCAUCAAAAUGGUAAGAAAUAUAAAUUUAAUUCACAGUGCCGGCGGUUUCGAGAUGAGAAACUGGACUAGCAACAGUGUCUCGGUUUUAAACAGUCUGCCAAAUCAAACCUUAGGUACAGCGGCCGUAAGGUUUAAAGUCGAUCAGCAGCAACAAGGUGAGCGUACUCUCGGCCUAAUAUGGUAUCCGGCCGAUGAUAAGUUGACAUUCGACUUAUCAUUAAAACGGAUUCCCGAAAGUAUUGUCAACGGUGAUGAGCGUCCUACAAAGCGUCUUAUGCUCAGGGUAAUAAUGUCGAUUUUCGAUAUUUUAGGAUUCUUAUCUCCUUUCACCAUUCAGGGUCGUAUUAUGCUGCAGGAUACCUGGCGGUUAAAUAUAGACUGGAAUGAUUACAUUCCGGAUGUUAUUUACAACAAGUGGCGAAAAUGGAUUGACCUACUUAAGGUAAUUAGCGACAUACGUAUACCAAGGUGCUAUCAAUCAGCUGUUCGCAAUCACAACCACGGAGAUGACGAGUCUCCACCUGUGCGAGUAAGCGAGACGGCAGAUCACCUGAGCGGAGCAUCUGCUGGUACCCCGAGCGCGACGUUGCCGCUAUCGACGUUUGCGCCUGGCAACGUUGCGCCUACGUCAUGCGCUACGAAGGUCUACGAAUCCGUAGCAGAGCCUACAAGCGCUACGCGUACGGCAAAGGUAGGUUAUAAUAACUUACAAUUGCAUGUGUUUUGUGAUAGUAGUACUCGGGCUAUGUGUACUGUUGCUUAUUGGCGUUGGGAGAUAAAUGGUCGUAUUAAAGUUGCCUUUAUUGCCAGUAAAUGUAAAGUUAUGCCUGUAAAACCAUUGACAGUACCUAAGGCCGAGUUACAAGCUGCACUAUUAGCCGCAAGGCUGGCUAAUACAAUAGGUAAGGAGCACAAGAUAGUUCCCGAGCGGCGUUACUUUUGGUGCGACAGUUCAACUGUGUUGCAUUGGGUGCGUAACAAUACGCGCUCAUAUAAAACGUUCGAAGCGAACCGGUUGGGCGAAAUUGAUGAGUUAUCCCGCGUAGACGAGUGGAAUUAUAUACCUACAAAGCUAAAUGUAGCGGAUUUAGCUACGCGGGAGACUUUCGAUUGCGCUCAACUAGAUAAAUGGUUCGCGGGUCCGAAUUUUUUAUAUGAAGACGUAUCCUUGUGGCCAAAAGAUGUAAUUUUGUCACAGUCAGACGCCGCGUCGCCUGAAUGUGUUGCUGUCGUACAUGAGGGUUCAAUUGGACUGGCUGUACCGGACCCAUUGCGGUUUUCUUCUUGGUUACGCUUGAAGCGGGCCACGGCUACGGUACUAGCGUUUAUCGACAGAUGCAAAGGUCUUCAAGGACAAGUUGAUUGCGGUACUAUGGAACGAGCUGAAAGAUUGCUUAUACAGCACGCACAGGCGGAGUCCUUCGGCGAAGAUAUCGUCACUAUUAAAAAUGGUAAGCCGUUGCACCGCACCAGUAGAUUGGUCUUUCUGUCACCGGUGUUUGACGAACAUAGUCUGCUGCGAGUGAGCGGCCGCAUAGAUGCUGUAACAGACGUACCUAUUGAUGUUAAAAGGCCGGUAAUACUCGAUGGUCGGCAUCAGGUGAGUAAGUUGAUCGUCCGAGAUUAUCACGUGAAGCUGGCGCACGGGAACCAAGAAACCAUAGUUAAUGAGGUAAAACAACGGUUCUGGAUCUUACGUCUAAGACCAACCGUUAAGUUCAUAGCUUCAUCCUGUAUGCUGUGCAGAAUCCGUAAGUGUCAACCGCGUAUUCCGCGAAUGGGGGACUUACCAAGGGCACGAAUGGCACAUCAUCAGCGUGCAUUCUCAUACUGCGGUUUAGACCUGUUCGGACCGAUGGAGGUCGUCGUGGGACGACGCCGUGAGAAAAGGUAUGGAGUUUUGUAUACUUGCCUGACGGUGCGCGCGAUCCACAUUGAGCUAGUCUCCUCUCUGACUUCGGACUCGCUGAUAAUGUCGCUGCAUCGGAUGGCGGCUAGGCGUGGCUGGCCAUCACACCUGUUCUCCGAUAAUGGGACGAACCUGCGUGGCGCCUGUACUGAGUUGCAGCGAUCGAUGCAGGAACUGAACGCCGAAGAGCUGAAAAGCUACGGUGCCAACAAAGGUAUGGAGUGGACUUUUAUCCCUCCCGCUAGCCCCCAUUGGGGUGGGGCGUGGGAGAGGCUAAUUCGUAGCGUAAAAACGUCUCUCAAAGUAAUUUUAAAUGAGCGUGCACCACGGGACGAAGUUUUAAGCACGCUUAUGGCGGAAGUCGAGAAUAUAGUGAACUGUCGUCCCCUGAUGCACGUCUCUGUAGAAAAUGGAGGUGUGGAAUCACUCACACCGAACCAUUUCCUUCUUGGCACGUCGUCAAAUCUGCCUACUAUCGGUUCUUUUGACGGCUCUGAUCUGUACCUGCGGAAACACUGGCGUACAGCUCAGCGGCUAACCGAUAUGUUCUGGCAGAGAUGGUUGAAGGAGAUCCUACCCGACCUCAUACCAAGAAGGAAAUGGCACGAGGAAAGGAAGCCGCUGCAAGUCGGCGACCUCGUCCUUGUUGUGGACCCGAACUCUCCCCGCAACAUGUGGCCAAAAGGUUUGGUCACUCAAGUGUUUGCCGGUAAGGACGGGCGCAUAAGGCUGGUGGAGGUAAAGACCAGGACUGGGACUUGGCGUCGGUCUGCGGCACGCAUCGCACCUAUCUCUUUAGUUGAUUAG